AAACAAUGACCACAUUCCCUCCACCACGAAACGAGUUAGCGCGAGCUUUCGGUCACAGCCCCCUGCAAUGUCACCGGUAAUGUUAGCUUUACGUUAACGGACAGAAACUGCCGUAGGACCAGUAUAGCACUUGCAGUUAGCAUAAACUAGCGUGUGAGUGCACAUAGCUUGCUUGUUUGUGAACUUUAUUAACUCAACAUUUGUGACCUAACGUUAGUUCCGUAUCACAAUCGCCAUGGCAACACGCAGUAACCUCGAUGUUAACAUAAACGUUACUUCGGUUUUCUGUCGAGCGAACAUUUAGCAUUAUUGGUGUCCAUAAAAACAAAACCCAAUACCUAAUGCUAACGAGUCGCCAAAGUUGUCAACCUUGCCGAGAUAGCUCGCUAAUGCUAUAUAGCUUGCUAACAACAGCUGCUCACCAUCGAGCUAACUUUAAAUGUCUCGGUAAGAGUUGAAGCAAACGAGCAAAGCUGAACUUCAAGAUGAGAAUCGUGACAACGUUAAUUUAUCGCACUAACGUUGAGCUAGGAUUUGCAAACUGUCAGGACAAACCAACAGAAACAUUAGCUAACGACAAACGCAGCAGGUUAAAACAAUGGCUUUUUUAGUCAUGUUAUUAAAAACUACGCUUGCUAAGUAAGCUUUUACUCAAGCCAAGCGACAUUGAUGUUACCAUUCAGAGUGAACGUGGACGAAAUGUCGUAAUGUCUAGCACUUCAUAUAACGUUAUAUCUUUUACAAUUUUUCUAGUCUAGUCUAGUCAAAGCCAUUUGAUAAAUAAUAACGUCUUAUCUCCCAAAACGCUGCAGCUCAUGAAUGUAAUCCUGGCCUGUCACGAUCACUUCCAUACAGCAGGUGGCAGUAUACAUUAGCUGGUCGCUAAUCUUAGACCACAGGAAGUAUAUUUGCAGGAAACAGUAAUCUUGUCGUUCACUGUUCGUUUGACGAAGGAUAAAGAUGUGGACAUGAACGUGGAGUAGAUUGUCUUAACUGGCGUGAAGAAAACAUAUAGCUAAUGAAUUGUUCCUCACGCUCACUCCUCGUCGAUAAAUAUUGGCUUUCGAAGACAAGGUUUAAUUUUUGUUUUCGCACUAAGUGAGUUGUGCCGUCAGUUAGCCACUUAGCUAUCACAGCUAAUGUGAGCUAGUUAGCGAAAAAAAACUAGCUAUUUUUUGCUGCCAGUAUCCAACACGCUGUGCAAGAAAGUAUAUUUAACAGCAGUAGCGUUGUAACCUGCAGCGGAAAUAAUGGGGUCGUCCAAGAAACACAAGGAGAAGAGCCGCGACAAGGACACAGAAGAGCGCCGUCGCGAACAUAAGAAACAUCGCCACAAGGACCGAGACAGAGACGCUUCAGAACGGGAUGGGACUCGGGAAAAAGAAAAAAGAAAACGUUCCAGGUCCCGGGACAGAAGCGGACGGGAGAGCCGCAGCAAAGGUGAAAAAAGCAGCGGAGAGCCUCGAGUGAAGAAGGAGAAAGUUGAUCUUGGAUAUGAACAAAGCAAUACAGAAGUGGGACCUCAGUCUGCAAGCGGAGACGCAUCCCUCAGCAUUGAGGAGACAAACAAACUCAGAGCCAAGCUGGGUCUGAAGCCUCUGGAAUUAAAUGAGAACAAGAAGGAGCUCGGGACCAAAGAGGAACCAAUGGUUGCUGAGACCAUCAACCCUGUUCUUAUUGCACAGCAGAAAGAGAUGAGAGAGAAGCUUGCUGCAAUGAAAGAAAAACGCCUCCAGAACCAGAAACUGGGUAAAGUCAAGACCCUGGCAGAGGAUGACUGGCUGGAUGACACAUCUGCUUGGGUUGAGAGAAGCAGAACGCUGGCAAAAGAAAAAGAAAUGGCAGAGAAAAGAGCCAAACUUCUGGAAGAGAUGGAUGAGGAGUUUGGUGUCAGCAGUCUGGUAGAGGAGGAGUUUGCGCACAGCAAAAAAGAUGCCUACACAUCUCAAGAUCUAAAGGGGCUCAAAGUGCAGCACAAGGUGGGUUCUUUCAAUGAGGGCCAGACUGUCAUCCUGACCCUACAAGACAAGGGUGUACUUGAAGAGGAGGAGGAUGUGCUUGUGAAUGUCGGACUGGUGGACAAGGAAAAAGCAGAAAAGAAUGUGGAGUUAAAAAAGAAAAAGCCAGAUUACAAGCCCUAUGAAGAGGAGGAGAGUGUGGAUGACAUGGUUGAAUUUAAGGCCCGCUCCAUACUGUCAAAGUACGACGAGGAAAUUGAUGGUGAAAAGAAAAAGAGUUUUCGGUUGAAUACAGGGGGCUUUGCUGAUGGGGAGCGAGAGCGGGAGCUACAGGCCAUGAGAGAGGCUCUCCGAAAUCAGGCCCAGUCCUUGGAAAUGCCUGCUCUCGCCAUCGCCUCAGAGUAUUACUCACCUCAGGAAAUGGUGAGCUUUAAAAAGACAAAACGCCGUGUGAAGAAGAUCAGGAAGAAGGAGAAGGAGACCGUUGCAGAUGAACUCGAUGACACUCGCUGCACUGAUUUUGGCUCCAGGACACGUGGUCGAGGCCGCAGACAGUUGGAUGAAGCUGAUGAGGAAGUAAAGGAGGAAGAGCAGAGCACAUUGCCACACAAUAUCCCACAAAUGUCUGAUGACAUCAGAAUGGCAGAAAUGGACAUAAGUGAUGAUGAAAAUUUUACACCUCCUGAGCCAGCUGUGGUAGAGGAGGAUGAGGCAGAGCAGGAGCUGCAGAAACAAUUGGAGAAGCAGAGGAAACUGAGGCAAAAACUGCUCCUCAAAGACUCUGGGGAGAGGGUGGCACAGCAGAUUAAAGUGCUUGAUGAGGGCAACUAUGACAAUGAUCCUGAGAAGAAGAACAACAUUGUUUUCAACGCCACCUCUGAGUUUUGUAGAACUCUGGGUGAUAUUCCAACGUACGGGCUGUCGGGCAACAGAGAGGACCAAGAAGACAUUAUGGACUUUGAACAGGAAGAAGAGAAAGAUGAUGCUGGAGGAUCAGACUCAGAAAUGGAUGAGAAUGUCGGAUGGAGCACAGUUAACUUGGACGAAGAGCAGAAACAACCAGAUUUCUCCACAGCCUCUGCCACCAUUUUAGAUGAAGAGCCCAUUGUCAAUUCUGGCCUUGCUGCUGCCUUGCAUUUGUGCAAAAACAAAGGUCUACUGGACACCCAAAUGCAGAAGAUAGCCCGUGUCAGAGCACCCAAAGGCACCUUGCCCAACGACAACUACUGCAUUGAGGACAAGAUGGGCUUUGAUGACAAGUACAGUCGCCGAGAAGAAUACAGGGGCUUCACUCAAGAUUUCAAGGAGAAGGAGAGCUAUAAGCCUGACGUCAAGAUUGAGUAUGUGGAUGAAUCUGGGCGGAAACUCACUCCGAAAGAAGCUUUCAGGCAGCUUUCACAUCGAUUCCAUGGGAAAGGGUCUGGAAAGAUGAAGACAGAGAGAAGGAUGAAAAAGCUGGAGGAAGAGGCACUGCUGAAGAAGAUGAGCAGCAGUGAUACUCCUCUAGGGACCGUGGCUUUGCUUCAAGAGAAACAGAAAUCUCAGAAAACACCAUAUAUUGUGCUUAGUGGGAGUGGGAAAAGUAUGAAUGCAAACACUAUCACCAAAUAAGUUGGGGGAAGUGAAUUAUCUUGAACACAUACACUGACACAUGCACAGGACACACAUACACACAUGAUGUUUUAAGUAAAGUAACUGCUCCAAUUUCAUGCAAGCCUCAUUGUUGUAAAAUUGUCUAAUAAAGUCAUUACCAAUGAGA